CCACUCCGGGCGGGAUGCGGGUCCCGCCGGCGGCGGCGCUGGGGUCUCCCGGCUCGGGUGCGAGCCCCCAGCCUCCCGGUGACCCCCGGACCCCGCCCGCUGAUUCGCCAGCCCCCCGAGGAUGAAGACGCUGGUCCGGCUCUUCCUGACGCUGGUGUGCGCCGUGGUGGUGGCGGUGCUGUACAUCCUGCUGUGCUACCGCACCCGCGCCCAGCCCUGCUGCCGGGCCCCGGGGCUGCGGGGCAGCCCCGCCACAUCCAGCGUCCGCAGCUUCCAGGGAUACAGCCGCGUUCCCGACGGGAAGCCGCUGGAGCGAGCGCUGUGCCGCCACUGUGCCGUCGUCUCCAGCUCGGGGCAGAUGCUGGGCUCACAGCUGGGACAGGCCAUCGACGGGCAGGAGUGUGUCCUGCGCAUGAACCAUGCCCCCACCGCCGGCUACGAGCAGGACGUGGGGGCACGCAGCACUAUCCGGGUGGUCUCACACACCAGCGUUCCGCUGCUGCUGGGGAACCAGCCCUACUUCUUCCAGCAGUCCCAAGAGACCCUCUACUUCAUCUGGGGGCCAGCAAAGAAGAUGAACAGGGAGAAGAUGGGCUCAACCUACCAGGUACUGCUCAAGGUGAUGGAGAAGUACCCCCAGCUGCAGAUCUACACCCUGACCGAGGAGAAGAUGACAUACUGUGACGAUGUCUUCCAAAAUGAGACAGGGAAGAACAGGAUGAAAUCCGGCUCCUUCCUGAGCACGGGCUGGUUCACCAUGAUCCUGGCCAUGGAGCUGUGCGAGCAGAUCUGUGUCUUUGGCAUGGUCAGCGACAGCUACUGCAGGGAAAAGAACCACUCCAGCGUGCCGUACCACUACUUUGAGAAGGGCCGGCUGGACGAGUGCAAGAUGUACCUGAUGCAUGAGCGAGCUCGCCGUGCCGGACACCGCUUCAUGACCGAGAAAGCCAUCUUCUCCCGCUGGGCCAAGAGGAGGAACAUCGUCUUCAACCACUCAUCUUGGGCAGGCAGGUAGGGCGCCAGCCAUGGGGCGAGGCAGCAGGAACCUCGGCAGCAGGGCGGCUCUCAUCCUGCAGCAACAUGUCUCAGCUGUGCCAGUGCCACGGUUGGACACCUUUUGCCAAGCCCUGGAGCGGGGAGUCUCCGUCUCUGCAGCAGCAGUGCCUGUUUCCCCAGCUGGUGGAUGGGCUGGGAACCCCCUGUUGGUACAUGGGGGGCAAGAACUGGACCCAUGCAGCCCCACCAGCUCCAAAUGCCUGCCUGGAUGGACCCAAGGAGACCUGGUUUUCUGCUCUCUCUACUAGGAGGACUGUUUAAUGCAGGAUUAGACAUGCUACUUCACUCCAGCAGGACAUGGGGCAGAAAUGCCCAGCCCCACCAGGGCCGUAAACUGGUGCCUCUCACAGGGACAAAGCUGUACUGUGGUCCUUGCCCCACUUAUGCCCUCUGGACAGUGCUGGGUGUAGGGUGCAGGCUCUACCUUCUGCUGCUUGGUGCCUGCAUCUACUCAGCUGGGAAGCCCUGGAGCCAUAUGUGCCCUAGGGGCUCUGAGUUGCCUUGUCACAAGUGUCCUUGGAUUCAGACCAAAGCAAAUGUGGCCAUUAAAACUGUUUUUAAUUCA